GUGUGAUUCACCGAGAAUUACCAACGACUGUUUUCGUUUUCACGUCUCGCGGUCAAAGUGUUGUAUGGACCUGCCGAUCGGGCGCGUAGAAAAUAUUGUGCAGAUGUUGAUACUCUGGAGAGGGUUCCGCGGAAUUUGACCGUGACUUUCCGCUGAGGUUUUUGUGUUGGUGUUAUGGUUUGACUAUCUACGAUAUCUGUGAAGUGAGGGUACCCGGACGGAAUCGUUUUGUGUACGGUAAUAGUGAUCCUUUGGGGGAGCCAGUUUACAGUCGUCGGUGGUUCGUGAUAUACGGGUGUACGGGACCAUGUUUGAUCGUUAGGGAGCCUCUGUGUCCGGCAAGUGAGAGCACGGAGUUCGUAUUGUGUCGACGGAAAACAGUUUCGGACUGGUGACAAUGCGAUCGGACAGGUUAAUACGCGGCUGAACAGCUAUUGUCCCGAAGCCACGACGGUUGUUCUCCAAUUAAUUACCACAACCGCCUGGUUUUGCGGCCGCCAGUCGAGUUUAGGCUUCUUCGACGGGAAUCACGCUUGUGCUCUCCAAGCAUCCCACGAAGAGCAACAGGAAACGAAUUGGUCGCGUCCAAUAAUUCACCGGUCGUAAUCGGAAAUUAUGAGGUGGCUGUGGAUUAUCGUCCUGAUAGCUCUGGCGCUGCCGGCGGCCGUGCCACGGAAGACGCAUCGCAGCAAACCCACGCCCCGGCUGUACGGCGAGAGGGUGCCCGUCAAGUUAAUCAGGACGAGCAGCAGCAAGGUCCGGCAGAAGAUCGUCGAUACCCACAAUUACUUUCGUAGCCAGGUGAAACCGCCGGCCGCCAACAUGCUGGUGAUGAAAUGGCAUCCCGGCCUGGCCAAAGCGGCGCAGAGGUGGGCCAAUCAAUGUCUCGGCCUGGUUCACGAUAACGCGACCGGGCUAUAUUUAGACGGUUUCGGGCAGAGCGGACAGAACAUCUUCAUUACCACAGGACGAACACUUUGGAACUUCCCGAUCAGAAUGUGGUACAUGGAGUACAAAGACUACAAAUACGGUGACGAAGAGUCGAACGAUCUCCACGAGAUCGGUCACUACACGCAGAUCGCGUGGGCGACGUCGCACCUGGUUGGCUGCGGUGUCAGCCAUUGUACCGGUGGCAAGGGUCCUCUUGGCAAGGAUUUCUUCAUGUACGUGUGCAACUACGCCCCAAGCGGCAACUACAAGGGUCACUUGGGCCAUCCGUACGUGGCUGGGAAACCGUGCAGCAUGUGCAAGGACCAUUGCUCGCGCAACAAGCUCUGCACGAACGCCUGCUACUACACCGAUCUAUGGUCGAACUGCGCCGAAUUGGUAAGGACGUUUCGCGAAUGGGUCUGCGAGACGAACACAAAAGAGGGACGGGAACGACGGAAGUUUUGCGGCGCCACUUGCAACUGCAAGGACAAGAUCUACUAUCGUCACGGGCAGUGA